CUAUUUCUCAUUUUCUCUCUCCUACUUUCUCUUAAACCCUUCUUUUCAAUCUUUAUAAAAUUCCAAAGUUUAAUCUCAAAUUAUCUGUUAGUUGAUUUGAAUUUUUAUGUAAUUUGAUUCAAUUACACCUUAACUUCUGCGAAAUUUCUUGUUGAUUUCAGAUUGAAUUUCAUUAUUUUUUUUGGGUGAAAUCACACAAAAUUUGCAGAAAAUCACAAAAAUGCCGUCGUUGCAAACCUCAUUACCUCCAGAACUCGCCAACAAUGUCAUCAGACUUUACCGUGAAUGCCUCCGACGAGCUAAAUAUAUUGGCGCCAAGCAAUAUAACACAGAGCUGUUGGUUGACUUGGUGAGGCAGCAAUUCAGAAGAAACAUGCAUGAGACAGAUCCAGAGAAGAUUCAUAAGUUAAAGGAUGAUGCGGCAAGAGGACUUAUAAAUCACAUGCUGUAUGAGUCAGAAAAACUAUCUGGUCGUAAGUUCAGCAAAAGCUAAGCUUUUGACUUCAUUGCAUUGAAGAUUAUGGUCCAUUUGUUGGUGUUGAUGCUCUUUCCAUUGAGUAUGUUGUAAUAACUGAUUUUAGUACUGUUACGGUGCUGGCAUUUUGGUGGUAUAAAAUACUUUGGAAAGGUAUUGAGCUAUUCCAAUUGUAUUGAACCAUAUUAGAAGAGAUUAGUUGGUUGAACGACCUUUUAAGAUUUUGCUAUGAUGUGCAUCUAACUGGCCGUUAUAGAAGUUGGAACAUUUGAUAUAUUUUGGUCCUUUUGGAUCAAAUCUUCGACAUAAGAAAUCUAUAUGUUCCAAAUUUUGGUAGAAUAUUUUUCAAAUGAGUAGUACAAAGUGAUGUUACUGGUACGAGUGGUACCAAAUUUAGGGUUCUGCCAGUUUCAACACAGUGGCAUUCGAGGUGAGUAGUUUGAAUAUUUGUGCGCGUGAGCAUGAAGAUGAACAUGGGAAUGAACGUUAAAAAAUUACUAGUAUGUGAUUUUUUGUAUGAUGUCUGCUUAAGUUAUUUUACCAAUGACUGCUGUAUGAUCAAUCUUGAAUCCUUGAAGCUAUCUAUAUGUGAUUUUGGACGUACAUAGGAUGGUUGGUUGAUCUGGCUUGGCUUAUUUACACCGGUCAGGGCGGUCACUGUAGUGAGCAAGCUAGAAUAUGUUUUAUCCAAAUUGUACUCCAUAUAACUUUGCCAAAUAUUGAGAAAGUUGAUCAAAGAUAUGGGGAGAAUUCUGCAGUA